AUGGAAGCGCUUCUUAAAGUUGCCAAGUCAUCAGGUAGCUCUGAAGAUCCAUUAAUACCGCAUUCUCCUGUUCGAGAACCCCCGAGUGCUCAGAGGAUCUCAGUUAUCGAAGAUGAACAAUCUGAAGCUCACUUAUCAUCACCAGAGGAUGUAUUGAAAAUUUUAAAAUCCAAGGCACCUACGUCAACUCUAUUAGAGGCGCUGAAAUUUCUUGACCCGGCCAGCCUGGAGAAUGGGGACUUUAAUAUCAUCAUUCCAAGCUCUCUCGGAGCUCAAAUACUCCAUGCUUUAAUCACAACGACCAUUUGUGACCAUUGGGCUAGUUUGGGGAUGGAACAUGACCCGGAAUCCUCAUACCAACUUUCGUUUAGCCAGAUGCCACAGGCUAUGUUGUUGAGAUGUGUAAAGAGCCCUUCCGGGAUUGGAACUCUUCUUGCUUAUCUCCGAAGUCUUUUACCUACCCAAACACCUCCACAAGGGACAAAUGCUAGCUCUGACAAGGGCCUACUGAUACAAGAUACCCUAUCUUUGCUCUCGCGCCUACUGUCUCCAAGCGACUUAAUUUUUCAUCUACUUACUGAUAUAAGGCGGUUCAUCGACAAUGAAGUCCGAAAGCAACUUCUCUGGCAAGAAACUAUAUCUCUCAUUGCAUCCGGGAAAGUUCUAUCAAUUUCUGCUGAGUCACUCAGCUAUACGGAGUUGUCUGUAAAAACUUUCCCUCACUCAUGGAUGUCAAAUGGGAAACUCUAUGCUGCGUGGCUAGGGAAAAAUAUCAGUAGUAUGGCGUCUCAAUUUUCAAUUGAUGAUGAUCAAGCUUGGAAGUAUCUGGGAGCAUUCAUUAGUCGAUCACUAAGCAUUGGCCAGACAGGUAGAGAUCUUUCCCUUCAAAAUGCAGUGUUCUAUAACUAA